AUGCGCCCCCGGAGCUCCGCGGGACAGAUCCGCCCGGCUUGGGCGCGCACAUUUUGGGCCACGGCAGAAACGCGGCUGCCCGCUGAGUACUUGAUGGCGGGGCUUGUGGUGGAGGAAAACAGGGAGGACACCCGGGGCACCUCCGCCGCGCUGAGAACGCUCAGGAGCCCCGCGACCCCGGCGCCGCGCGCCACGAACAGCACAUAUCUAAAUGAGAAGUCACUCCGACUGACAGAGAUGUGCAAAAGUCUGAAGUAUGGCUUCAAGUCUUUAUCUAACAAAACAAAGCGGUACUCAGAGGGUGAUUACCUUCAGAUGAUCACAAAUAUACAGAACUGUCCAUGGAGAAGGCAAGCAGAAGAAUAUGAGAACUUCAGAGCAACACUUACUUCCUGUUGUGAUGCCAUCCAAAACUUCGUGGUUUCUCAGAACAACACUCCAGUGGGCACUAACAUGACUUACGAGGUGGAAAGUAAAAAGCAAAUCCCAAUCAGAGAGAACAUUUUCCAUAUGUUUCCAGUGGUGAGUAACAAUGGCUGGUGCAACCUGCCUCCAACCACAGGAAACAUUAGUAAAGAUGUGGGCAGCAAAACCAAUCUUGUGACUGUGAACCCCAGUAUCAUUACACUGAAAUAUGGGAACUUGAAGGAGAAGAAGGCAGUAUUUUUGGAGGACAUAGCCACCUACGGAGAUGCAUUCCUUCUUCUUCCAGCAUUUUCCUUCCGGGCCAACACUGGCACCUCUUUUAAAGUAUACUACACACUCAAAGAAUCUAAAGCAAGACAAAAGGUUCUCUUUUUCCAUCCCAAGUACCUGAAACACCUUGCUCUUUUCUGGAGAACUAAAGGGGUGACUGCAUACCGCUUGUCGACCGGCUUGAUGAUCACAAGUGUGGCAGUGGAACUGUGUGCCAACGUGAAGCUCUAUGGCUUCUGGCCCUUCUCGAAAACUCUAGAAGACACACCUGUCAGCCACCACUACUAUGACAACACAUUACCCAAACGCGGUUUCCAUCAGAUGCCCAGAGAAUACAACCAGAUUCUCCAACUUCAUGUGAAAGGAAUCCUCAAAUUACAAUUUAGCAAAUGUGAGCUAGCUUAAAGCGUCUUCACAUGGGAAUGAGUUUUUAAUGUGAUGCAGGAAGUAGGUGAGUUACAGAGAUUUCCAAAAGCUACUUACAGAAUAUUUAUAAUAGCACAGCUCCAGAACUUGGGUUGGUAAAAGUUCUUCUGCUAAACUUUCCAACCUCCCAAAAUCAUUCCCAAGCUUCCAUUUCCUUCCCAGAAAAAUGGGAACCACAGUAUCUAACUCGGGCAAGCAAAAUGGGAUAAUUUGUGAGAACUCUUGGCCUAGCAUUUGGUGUGAAGUAUGAGAUAGGGACCUGAUGAACACUUCCUAUUUCUAACAGUCCUCACCAGACUGUCAGUAAGGGUAGAAUAUGCUGGAACCCUUUUGUGAAACAAACAGCCGAAUCACCAGUGUGUGCUGCGUUUCUUUCUCUCACAGCCUUCUCUUUAUGAAUCAGAUCCUCCCUGUUUUACUUUCUGUCCUAUAAGAACGUACAUACCAGAAAUUGAUAUAGUUGAGCAAGAAAUCUUUAAUCAUUCAGGGAUGAAAUUCUCUGCCUUGUCAGGGUUUGUUUCUGAUUAGCCACGGUGUAUUAGUUAGGUUUCGGCCACUUCUUUCCAUCUUGUUAGCUAUCAUUUUAAUCCCUCUUUAUCAUUUUUAUUAACUUUGUGUUCAGCUUUGUAACUUUUUUUUUGUUCUCCCCACUGACAGGAUCAUGAAGAGUUACAAUAGUUAGCUUUUCUUACCUGUUAUCUGGCCUAUGGGACACUUACUCAAUUUAAAGCUUAAAGAAAUUGGGGAGGAGGGGAUUUGAGUUGUAC